GCCGAGAUGCUUUAUUUUUCGUUGUUCCGCGAGUUCCCUAGCCUCGUCGGUCGCAGCACCGAGCUGGCUUCUAUCAUGACGGAGGAGGAGCACCAUAUCGUCAUCCGACUUCCUACGGUUCACGAACGUUCCCGUCGACUAACACUAACAUUUGAUCAUGCGCACUAG